UGGGCGGUGGAGCAGGAGAGGGGUGGGAUGGGACGAGCAUGAGGACGAACUGGGUCCUCGUCCCAGUCAGUGGUGAGUUUGAAAUGGAGGUUGAUGUUUUUAAUCGCUUAAUUCCUCCUCGUGGGCGCUUGCAGGACAGUGCCAGGGGGGUUACACUUCACAUCAUGUGAUUUCUUUCAGAGUUUUAAUUUUAAAAUUUUUACGAAGUAUUACAUGUGUGAGUGAUCUUCUGCAUCCUCUCAAGUCCAGCUGCUGAACUUUUCUCAGUAGUGAAAUGAGUGUUUAGAAAACCAAUGCGUUAAUGAGGCAGCACUACCCUGGAACGUAUGCAGCCCUGCCAGUCACUUUCAUGAAAUGUUAGCAACUAAAUCAAAGCACAGCACAACAAACGACACAUCAUAAAAUGUCUCGGCUUCCAGAUUGUGUAUUUCAAAUGCCAGUCCUGCAGCAGGAUGUGUACAUAUAAACUCAUUUACAUGAUGGUGUAAUAUACAUGAUGGUGUAAGCAAAAUGAAGAGCAGUUGCGCGUUUGCUUUCUUUACGAUGAAAUAUUACAAAUGUGAUGACUUGCACAAAUAUACAAAACCAUGCAUCUUUAAAAUUUCAGUGAAACGGCAACAGAAUUUUCCAAAUGUACUGUCCCUUUGCUGAGAUUGCAGCUCUGCAGUGCCUGCAGUCCUUCGAGGUUCAACAAAAGCUGGCAUAGAUUAGCUUUGCAUUUUGCUGCUGACAGACGAACUAACUUGCAAAGGUCUCGAGCCGCCCAACGAUAAUUUGAUGUCCGUCACCUCAUGCAGCAACGAGCUGGAUGAUACCCCUUUAGACAAACUUCAAUAGAGAGCGUGAGCACAUCAUUUCGCUCAGCAGCGAAAGUAAAACAAAAAUAUUUUGUGGCACUUUCUCACUUCCAUUGCUUGGAAAACCAAAGAAAAUGGCCUGCAAGGAUGAGAAGGAGCAGGAAAGUGGAGAUAUUCCUGAAAUUGUUGUGGAGAUUGGCGAGAACGACACCAAUACAGAAAGUGAUGAUGAUGAUGGGCUCUCUGGAUUGGACAGCGCUGAUUCUGUUUCCGAAGCAGCAUAUGAAGAUGGACUAGAUCCACUGCUGGAUUUUGAGGACAUUGAAGAAACCCCCACUGCCUUCCCAAGUCGGUGUGCUGCUGUUCGUCCGCGUAAAAGAAGGCGGCGGUAUAUUCUAGCUUCUCCGCAUAGCAGCUUGUCAAGUCCCGUGGGACGCAGGGGGGCACGCGCCCACACAUCCUCCGCCUCAGACCCCGAGGACAGGUGGAAGAGUGCGAAGGAAGAAGACGUGGAACCUGAGCAGUUCCCGUUCUGUCCAGAGCGGACACCUGGACCACAGCUGGACACCACCAAGACGUAUUCCCCGCUAGAUCUUUUCCAGCUCUUUUUCAGUCUCAGUGUUGUACAGAGUCUGUGUACAAACACAAAUAAAAAUGCUGAAAGGCUGCAGGCUCAGGGGAGGAAAUUACAGUGGGUUCCAGUGUCAGUGGAGGACAUGUAUCGGUACAUGGGCAUUGUGAUUUACAUGGGUCUCCUAAUGGCUCAUAAUAUUAGGGAUUACUGGAGUCCUCGUGUGCCGUACAAUCUUCCAGUCUGCCGCAGUGUUAUGUCCAGGACAAAAUUUGAAGAUAUCUCCUGGACUCUGCACAUCAGUGACCCGGAGGAAGAUAAGAAGAAUUAUCGAAAAAGAGGAACGCCGCAACACGAUCGCCUUUUCUGUCUCAGACCCCUUUUGGAUUCCCUGAUCCAGGCCUGUCAGACAUACUAUCACCCCCAUCAGAGCAUUACAAUCGAUGAACGGAUCAGGCCCUCAAAGGCCGGGAUUGCAUUCAAACAGUACGUGAACCAGAAGCCAUCAAGGUGGAGCCUCAAGCUGUUUGUGCUGGCUGAUGCCGCCAGUGGAUAUACCUGUAACUUCAGUAUCUACACAGGGAAGUCUCACAGUGCUUCAGGGAAAGGGCUGAGUUAUGACUCUGUUAUGGAGCUCAUAAAGGGGUCACAACUAGGCACUGGGUACCACCUUUAUGUGGACAGUUUUUACACCAGCACAGCACUAUUUCGAGACCUUCACGUACUGAAGAUAGGAGCUUGUGGAAUGAUGAGGGACAAUCGUGAGGGCUUCCCACGGACAACAGAAAACAGAAUGCCUAAAAAGGCCAAGAGAGGAACCCUGCGCUGGCUCAGAAAUGGCAAUCUGCUCUUCACCAAGUGGAUGGAUAAGCGUGAAGUCACGAUGUGCAGCAGCAUCCAUAAAGCGUAUAAAGGAGAAAUAGCCCACCGGCGAGUGAGGAACCAAGCUGGAUCCUUGAAGAUGAAGAUGUUGCCCGUCCCUACGCCUGUCAGGGCGUACAGCCAGCACACAGGAGGUGUGAGUUUGUCAGAUUCCCGGGUAAACUUUUGCAGCAGGUUGCAGAAAACCCGAAAGUGGUACAAGAAGGUUUUCUUUCACUUCAUUGACAUGGUGGUUGUGAACAGCUACCUCCUUCACAAGGACCUGGCUAAGAUUCAGAGCUUUCAGGCUUAUUCUCACAAAGUGUUCAGGGAGGAGCUCUGUAGACAACUUGUGAGCAUCGGGGCUGAGGAGGCCAUGGCCAGCACUAAGAAACAGGGGCUGUGUGUCCCUAUAGCCCUCAUGGAUGGGAAGAUAGUAAACCCCUCUUCUAAGAGCAGUGUUGGGCGGAAGUACUGUGUUUUAUGCACUGAGGAGAAGACGAGGAACAAAACACCUUGGAAGUGUGAGAGCUGCGACGUGGCGCUGUGCCUCAUUGUGGACAGGAACUGCUUCAGGAAGUGGCACGAACGGCUGCAGAACAAGGACGGGCCAGGGGCCUGCUGACCGUUCUGCGCCACCUGCUGGCGUGGUGCAUCUGUUGUGUGUCUGAGUUGGUUCACUGUUCGUCCCUGGAUGGAUGUAAAUUUGGGGAUCAUUUUGUACAUUUACAUAUUUUUUUUUAUUAAUAAAUGUUUUCUAGUAAACACCGAAAAACAUUACCUUUUCUUUUUUUACAUUUGUGCACUUUCGAGCUAGUCCGGGAUAGAACUACAAUCAUCUAUUAGGAGAUUCAAACGGUUUAUUGAGUGAAUUAGUUGAAGGUAUUUGGUUACCUCUUUGUCUGACUGAUGUGUUUCACAGUAGGAAAAACGGGGGCAUUUUUCUGUCUCCACUUUGACUGGUAUAUAAAAGUGAGAUUUAAAAAGCUUCCCUCUAGAGGAUUAAGAAAAAUAUUAGCUUGAAAGGCUUAGAAACAUUUUAUUUUUUAUGAAAUUCCUACUUGUAAUAAUGGAAAUAAAUUUAAAAGCUUCUCAGUAUGCAGAACGAUCGAGGAAAGAGUGACAGCUGUGCAAUAUGAAAAUAAUGACAAAGGGUGUUUGUCAUUCAUGUUUAUUGUGGAUACAUUUAGGGCACCUGAAACCUUUCCAAAAGACCACCUUUUGGGAGAAAUAUUGGACUGCAAAGAAAAGUGUUUUCUCUUUUGGAUAUUUCUUUCUAGUGUGUGUGUGUGCUGAGUAAGAUCUCUAAAGGCAUCUGAUGUUUUAGACAUGAUGUUAACUUGCGUUCAAGCCUUGAACCCAGACUAGACUGUCUGUACUUGGGGUUACUUCCUGAAGUUGAAGGGCCCAUCCUGGAAGCGUAAGGGUGCCAGUGGGUGUAGAGGUUCAAGUUGCAGUAGGGAAGUCCUUGUUUUUGAGGCCACAUCCAAUAGGGCAGGUGGGUGAGGGGAGUGCUCGUCUGAUUACAGGAUUCAUUUUCCUUUCCUUUUUGUUGUAGAAGUUGGUGAAAUGUUCAGAUCGUGAUGACAUUUUCAAGCCGUAGCGUGGCUGUGGGGAGCAGCGCUCGUCUUGUUUCCUCUUCUGACGUUCCCCCCCUUCCCCCUU